AUGGGUCCACCAGUGAAUGCUGCUGCACCGUCCACCGCUUCUUCUGCAGGUGAAGACAUGCUGACCAAUGACCAGCGCUUCCUCUUGACCGUCAUUUUUGGAUUAUACUUUGGGCCUCAUCUCCAAGGGGAAAGGCCACCCCACAAGUCAGCAUUGCAGAGAGUACUCGAGAGACUGCCACGGUACACUCAAGAUCGGCUGGCUGGGUCCAAGUUGAUGGUGGCCCAAAUGAUUCACGUAUAUUAUUAUAUACUGAGGAAGGCCAGUCAAUCUGUCAUAGUGGCCCCACCUUUGCUGCUCAAGUUCUUCCGCGACGCGCUUCCAGCCAGAAUGAUUGGUCCUGGAUUCAACUACCCUCUGUUCAUCGACUUAUUUCCAACCGACCUGCACCCUUGUUCACGUGUCGAAGAGCGAUUUAUGGCAAUAGACAACAUUGUCUUGAUCGAUAACCCGAGCACCUCUUACCUCAGGGAAGAGGUUGUUGCGAGGUUUAAGAAUUUGACUGGACUGCAGGAGUUCGUUCUGGAGAAGGAUGCUGCCAAGCUACCUAUUUAUGUCACCGAUGAGGUGUUUUAUCAAGUGAUAGCACGAGAGGAGCGUUCAGAGGGACAACCUCAUUUUUCUGUGCCCCGUUGUGGUUCUCAUGGAAGACAAUGCAACAUCAGCAUGGUGUUUUCUCCGCUCGAUACGACAGGUGCCACUACCGCCUGGAGUGCUGGAGCUGGAGUUGUUUGGAAUGCGGAAGUGGAGCUUGCAGGAUCCAUCACAGGGCGUGUGACCCUUGCAGAGUCUGAAGAUAGUUACCUGUUUAACGUAUCACUUCCAGGGAUCAGAAUAGAUCAAAGAACAUUCAGUUGUAAGUUCAACGUGGAUGGCGACGAGGUCUUUAUCGAAGGAGACGCUGCAACCGGUGGGAAGCUGCCCAGUCGUGUCAAUCCUAGAUGGUCCGACUGCAAGUGUGGCUCAGAUGGAACCUUCGGAGUCGUCGUGAAGAAGUAG